CGUGGCUUGAGCAACCAAAAGUACAACGAAUGCGCAAAGGAUAGUGAAUUUCAUCUUUUUGUUUCUUGUGCUCAGCUGAUUAUCUAAACUUUCAAUUGUCAAAUGUUAAGCUAUUUCGUGACUGUUAAAAUGCAGCUCAAUUCAGCUUUUUAUAUGAACUAGCGGUCAAAAAUUUGGCAAAGGUGUUAAUUUCUGAACAACUAGCAAAAUAAAUAAAAGAAAAUAUAAUAUAUACGAAUGAUAACUUUAAAAAAUAAUGUUACUAAUUACAUCGAAAAUAAACGGAACCAGCUAAUACAAGUUUAAUGUGAAAACGAAAGAUAAAACUCAUACCGCCAGUGAAAAACUUUAGAUGAAAUAAAUUGUAGAAUCGUGUAUAAAAGCAACUGCCCAAUCUUAACCGAUCAUCACACAGUUAUCUGAUUCAGUAGUCUGCACAACCAGCAAACAACAAACUAUCACCAUGAAAUUCGUUAUUGUUUUCGUCGCCCUCUUCGCUCUCGCCUAUGCUGCUCCAGCUGCUCCUGAAGCCGAAAUCGUCGAAUUGAGAUCCGAUGUCGACCCCGAGAAAUACAGCUUCGCCUUGAAGACCAGCGAUGGUACAUCAAAGGACGAAGAAGGUCAUUUGGUCAAUGUUGGUGCUGAAGAUGAACACAUUGUUGCCCGUGGUUCUUACUCUUUCGUCGCUGAUGACGGUCAAACCUACACCGUCACCUACAUCGCCGAUGAGAACGGUUUCCAACCACAAGGUGCUCAUUUGCCCGUUGCCCCUGAGGCAUAAGUCAACUUCUUUUAGCGAAGUGUAUUUCUUUGGACUGUUAUUAGCGUUUAAGUGUGAAAAGAUGUUGAAUAAAAACAAAAUUACUUAAAAAUCGAA